CACGAUUCCGGCAUCCCAAUAACGCCCAGAACAUUGAGCGUACCUAGGUAUGGGCGGACAUCAACUCCCCGGAAAAGCUAAAGAAGAGUAAUCAUCAGUGAUCCAGCUGUGCAGUCUCGGCUACAGCGUGGAUAUACAAUUACAGCAUCACCCAAAAAAGCCAAUUUCACCUCAUUCCUUCCCUCUUGUCGUGUAAAUCUGCCCUCUGACAUCCCAUAUCCAUACCUUCUCCUGUCAACAUCCCACCACAUCCCUCAAUACCUACCUCCCAAUAAAGGACUUUCGCGACAAUGGGCAGCGCCAAGCAAGACGUCCAACUCGACGACUUCGAAAACAUCUUCUCCCUCGAUGGCAAAGUCGCCGUUGUGACGGGCGGUAGCCGUGGGCUGGGCCUCAAUGCAGCAUCUGGGCUCCUACAAGCAGGCUGCUCCAAAGUCUACAUCACCUCCCGCAAAGCCAAAGCGUGCGAAGAAGCCGUUGCAGCUUUGAAUGCGCUCCCCAACAAACGCCCCGGUGCAGUCGCCAUCUCCGUCCCCGCAGACUCAUCCAAAGUGAGCGAAAUCGAACGACUAGCUUCUGAAGUUGCCAAAACCACAGACCACGUGGACAUCCUAUUCGCCAACGCCGGAGCCACAUGGGGCGCCCCCUUUGAAACAUACCCAGAAGACGCAUUCAGUAAAGUGAUGGAUCUUAACGUCAAGAGCGUCUUCUACACCGUCCAAAAGUUCGAGCCACUCCUUAGAAAAAGAGCCACCACAGCUAAACCGAGCGUCGUCCUUGUGACGGGCAGUGUGGCCGGGUUGGGUGUUGGGUCUCUGGGCAAGAACGCCACGUUCGCCUAUUCGGCCUCGAAAGCCGCGGUGAUCCAUUUGGCGAAAAACCUGGCUGUCGAGUUGGGGCCAAGAGGGAUCAUUACUAACGCCAUUGCUCCGGGGUUUUAUCCCACAAAAAUGGCUUCGGGACUUAUGGAGUUGCAAGGCGGUCAAGCCGCCCUGGCGGCCGAAGUGCCGAAUAAGAGACUUGGACAUCCGGAGGAUAUUGCGGGCUUGGUGGUGUUUUUGGCGAGUCGGGCGGCGUCGCAUAUUAACGGUGCGGUCAUCACGACGGAUGGCGGCUCUUUGCUUUCGAGAGGGAAAUUGUGAAGAACAAAAAAUAUAUAGACAAUGUUGGGAGGUAUAGUUUGUGCACGUUGAUACUGAACUGUAUCUAUCUAUAUAUCUGUCUUUUAUAUGAACACCCGCAAAAACUCCACCAGGGCCAUCAUCGCCAUAGCCUGGCCGUACGGCAUGCUGGUUCGCUCGAUGUUGAUAUAAUGCUUCAGAUCGUGGCCCAUGGCCGUUCCGAAGCUGGUGUCCAGCAACUCUCCAUCGUCGCUGAUUCUCUGCAGAACGGCCUUGACCGCUUUCAUGGCCACGGGCAUGUAUUUUUCUUUGGGAAUGUACCGCUUCCGGAUCGACUUCAAUAGACCGUACGCAAAGCCCGCCGUGGCAGAUGCCUCGACGUAGCUCC